AUGAGCGGCUGCCGGUACAAUGGGGGGGUGGCACGGCCCCGGGGCCCCCUGAACGCCUCCGCUCGCACCCUGCACCCGCUGGAGGGUGAGACCCAGCCGCUGCGACCUCACUGUCCCCCCGGCCUCGAGGUGGUGGUCUCACGGCCGGAGCAGCCCGGGGGUCCGGAUCCCGGCCCGGCGGCGGCGGCCCCGGGGCAGGAUGCGGCCGAGGACCGGGGGCGAGGACCCCGGAGGAACCAGAACAUCGGGUACAAGCUGGGGCACCGGCGAGCCCUCUUCGAGAAGCGGAAGCGCCUCAGCGAUUACGCCCUCAUUUUCGGGAUGUUCGGCAUCGUGGUGAUGGUCACGGAGACGGAGCUGUCCUGGGGCGUCUACACCAAGGAGUCAUCGUAUUCGUUUGCACUGAAAUGCCUUAUCAGCCUCUCGACCGUCAUCCUCCUGGGGCUCAUCGUCAUGUACCACGCCAGGGAGAUCCAGCUCUUCAUGGUGGAUAACGGCGCCGACGACUGGCGCAUCGCCAUGACCUACGAGCGCAUCUUCUUCAUUGCCCUGGAGCUGAUCGUCUGCGCCAUCCACCCCAUCCCCGGCCAGUACCUCUUCACCUGGACGGCGCGGUUGGCUUUCACCUACGCCGCCUCGGUGGCCGAUGCCGAUGUAGACAUCAUCCUCUCCAUCCCCAUGUUCCUGCGGCUGUACCUGAUCGGGCGCGUCAUGCUGCUGCACAGCAAGCUCUUCACCGACGCCUCCUCCCGCAGCAUCGGUGCCCUCAACAAGAUCAACUUCAACACCCGCUUCGUCAUGAAGACCCUCAUGACCAUCUGCCCCGGCACCGUCCUCCUGGUCUUCAGCAUCUCCUCCUGGAUCAUCGCCGCCUGGACGGUCCGUGUCUGCGAGAGGUACCACGACAAGCAGGAGGUGACCAGCAACUUCUUGGGGGCAAUGUGGCUGAUCUCCAUCACCUUCCUCUCCAUCGGCUACGGGGACAUGGUGCCGCACACCUACUGCGGGAAGGGCGUGUGUCUGCUCACCGGCAUCAUGGGUGCCGGCUGCACCGCUCUGGUCGUCGCUGUCGUUGCCAGAAAGCUAGAGCUCACCAAAGCGGAGAAACACGUGCACAACUUCAUGAUGGAUACGCAGCUAACGAAGCGGGUGAAAAAUGCUGCUGCCAACGUACUCAGGGAAACGUGGCUCAUCUACAAACACACCAAGCUGGUGAAGAAGAUCGACCAUGCCAAAGUUCGGAAACACCAGCGUAAGUUCCUCCAAGCCAUCCAUCAGUUGAGGAGCGUGAAGAUGGAGCAGCGGAAGCUGAACGACCAGGCCAACACGCUGGUGGACCUGGCAAAGACCCAGAACAUCAUGUACGACAUGGUCUCGGAGCUGCAGGAGCGUAACGAGGACCUGGAGAAGCGGCUGGGCGCCCUGGAGAGCAAGAUGGAGGCGUUGGGGCUGAGCCUGCUGGCGCUGCCGGGGCUGGUCAGCCAAGCCCUGGGGCAGCAGCAGCGUGAGCUCCUGGGGAGCUGGACCCCCCGUCUCUGCUCCGCCACGGCCCCUUGCACCCCCACCCGAACCCCCAGGUCCCCUUCCACCGCCCCCCCCACCUCCUCGGACAGCGGGUGA